ACGAGCACUCCGAGCGCACGAACUUCAACACGAGACAUGGCGGCCGCAGUGUCCGAUAGCUCAGCUGCUAGAGACGACAAAUCUUACACUGGUGCCAAUUUCGCUAGAAAUCCGCUCUUCAAUAGUUACGAGCAAGCAGCCGAACCUGAAAACUGUUUCGAUGGGGACACCGGCGACGUGGGUUCACCGACAGGUAGCGACUGUGUGCGACGGGCUGAUGAUGAGGUGACGGCCCUCACUCCAGAAGAGAUCGCGAGCCGUUUGGAAAGAACCAGAAGAGAGUUUUACAAUCGCCGCAAAAUCAUCAUCAAGAACCUCCCCGCCGAUAUUAGCAACCAGGAAGUGCAUGAGCUGUUAAGCAAUUAUGAUUUGAAGUACUGCUUUGUGGACAAGUACAAAGGGACAGCCUUUGUGACGCUGCUGAAUGGCGAGCAGGCCCAGUUCGCGAUUAAGGAAUUUCACCAAUACGUGCUCCGUGACCGCGAGAUCUCUGUACAGCUGCAGCCGACGGACGCUUUGCUAUGCAUUGCCAACCUACCCAGGGCUUUCACCCAGCAACAGUUCGAAGAGCUCGUCCGGCCCUUCGGAAACAUCGAGCGAUGCUUCCUGGUGCACAGUGCCACCACAGGCCACUCCAAGGGCUAUGGCUUUGUGGAGUACAUGAAGAAGGACUCUGCCGCGAGGGCCAAGUCGGAGCUGCUGGGGAAACAGCUUGGGUCUCGCAUGCUAUACGUUCACUGGACUGAAGUUGGCUCUCUCACUUACCCCAUGCUGCACGCGCGCUGUCUCUGUGUGGACCGUCUACCUCAAACCAUCCUCACCGCUCAGGAUCUCCGCAAUGUGCUGGCUGACACGCACAUGCCCAUUUUCUGCCAGCUUGCUCAGGGCCAAGAUGCUAGUUUUCGCCGGUUUGCAAUGCUGGAGUUCUCCACACCCGAGAUGGCCGAGGAAGCCCAUCGUCUGACUGACGGAAGAGUUUUGGGUGGCACUCACAUACGGGUGUCCUUCUGUGCCCCUGGACCACCGGGAAGAAGUAUGCUAGCGGCCCUCAUCGCUGCCCAGACCAUGGCUUUGAACAGAGGGAAAGGUCUUCUUCCUGAACCCAAUGCUAUGCAGAUUCUUACCGGCCUCAAUAACCCUGCAACACUAAAGAUGCUACUGGCGUCUCUCAACCCUGGACAUAAACAAGGUCUUUUGGGAGCCGCACCCUCAGUACCGCUGCUGGGUAACCCCGCCCUCUCUGCUGCCCUCAUGCAGAUCCUGCUACAGAACCAAGUCCAACAGGCUGGAUUGCUGAGUGAAAGUCCUCUCGCCUCGCUUUCCCUCCAACAAGGCAUUAACCUGCUGGGAGAGUUACCUCAAGGUGGUAUUGCUUCAAGUUUGGGCUUGCAGAAUGAGCCUAUUGGACCCAUCAAACAACCAUCCCUGGGCCAAACGUUGGGGAGAGAAACUGAGACGCCAGCCACUCCCAUUGGUUUUCCUCCAACGCCUUCUCCUUCUUUGCAGGGAAUUAACAUGCCCCUAUUGGGUGGUAUGUUAGGAACAGACGGGCAAACUCUUCCAGGGGUUUCUAUAUUGGGUGAGCCUCCUAAAGAAAUUUGUGUAUCCCAGAACCCCUUUCUCACUGCUCCCAGCAUAUUCCCAUCUUCAGGUGCCAGUACCAGAGCCCAUCCCUACAGGAAAAGGACAGGGCCAGGCAACGCAUCCAACCAGCGCGCGAACCACAGCAUCCACUCAAAUUACAGCCUGCGCUUCCAGGACUCCUACACGCCAGAGUAUCCUCCUCUGCACCAGGACCCCUUGUCUCACCUGUAUGAGCAGCAGGACGCGUUGGAGAAUGCAGCACUUUCUAGCUAUGGUGUGCAGCAGUCCGGACAUGCAGGUUUCAUUGAUUCAGGAUCUCCUUUCAACUACGCACCCAGCCCUCCUCAGUCAUCUUAUUUUGGUUUUGGGGCUCCAGCAAACGUCCCCUCCACACAGCUCAAUAAGGCCGUCGGAAUGCCUCUAGUGACUCAUUCCAGCCUAUUUUCUGCUGCACCUGGUGCUGGAAUGAAGACUCCCAUUGGAGGGCAUAAGCGUCUGUUCUCCCGUCUCAUCCCAUCUCCAGAGCCCAGUCCGGAGGGUGGUUAUGUUGGUCAGCACUCUCAGGGUCUCGGCGGGCACUACGCCGACUCCUACCUGAAACGCAAGCGCAUCUUUUAACCAUCGAUCGGGGACUUCCUCUAAAACGCAGCUUUCAAAGAGGAUGGCACCUACUUAAUACUACCUUUUAAGUGUGUGUGAGGGCGGUAUGAGAGUGGGUCACCUGGGCAAAAAAAUGCAAACAAGUGGAAGACCCUGAAGCUCAGAUCAGUCAUGUCAGCGAUUGGAUGAUUGUUUUUUGUGUGUUAUUUCAAUGUGUAUGUAAAUAGUUUUAUUUUAUUUGCUUUUUAAAAUUUUAUUUUACGUUUUUUUUUUUUUUCACCCAAAGAUGCAACAGAUAAUGAAAGGUAAGGACUCCUUCCCACCUGUUGGUCCUGUUUUGUAGCUUUUUUUUAUUUGGUUUAUUUUGAUUUAAGCAGGACGGUAGUUUUUUUCAGCGACGCUUCUGGUAAGUUGUGUAUAUAGUUGUUCAAUGUCUAGAAUAGCUCCCCCCACUACAAACGUUUCUACUCACAAACCAGUGCCAAGCCCAAUACGAUUAUGACUCGUUGGGGGAGCUCUUAUGCCGGGUUGGUUUUAGUCUCUUCUCAAAUUAUUUUUCCCCCCACAAUGCACCAUUCUUGUUGCACUAUUUUCCAUCCCUCCAUCUUAAUACGGAGUCAGGGUUUCCCGAGAAUGUUUAGUGUUGCACUUGGAGGAUAUGCGUCAUCCAUCCUCACCUCUUAAUGGUUUCACGCCUGUUCUUGUUUUUUAUUUCUGCUUUCCCACCUCACUUUAGUUAGUAUCUCCGCUGUCACACGUGAAGGCCCAGCUGGUUGGAGAUUGCGUGUGUGGGGUGUAUCCUCCACACAUCAGGCUCCACGCAGAGAACUGCUGAAAGCACAGUAUGCCUGCUGUUGCUUCUGUACUCCCCACACGAUGUCACGUUUAUUUUUCAGUGCCUUUCCUCUGCAGACCAACAGAGGGAGCCAGUUUGCUUUUAAGGUGGAACUGCUUCAUGAUGACCGCCCAUUUUUUCUUUUUAAUGAAGCGAGAGCCGACAGUCUGAAGCAGGCCGGACCUGUGCCCUAGCGUGACAUUCAUUUUACCGUAGUAACUGUGACUACCGUUCCCCUCGCCUUGGAGGACCAAACGGCUUCUGCAGAAUGAAAUGUUAUUUAGCUUGUGAUUUAGUUGUUCUGUAGGACUUUGUUAUUAAUCUGGUUGAUCAUUUUGAUUUGUGAUAACACAUUACCUCUGACUUCGUACAGCGGUUUACAAUGGUACCCGGAGUUAGUCGUGUGCCUUAACAAGGCUGUGUUUACUGUGAGCCUCAACAACAUUUACCUUUAUUUUGCUGUGUACAUGCUUGAUUUCUAUUUCUUCUGGAGUCCCGAUCUCGUGUUACAUUUAGUCUGCAAUGAUGUCGAUGAUGCUGCUUUACAUUUUGUGUGUGUCUGAGUGAGAUUGUGCGGUGUCUUGUAAUCGAUUUUUCUUGUGUGACACGUGGCAGGAGCUACUGCUGUGUAAAAUGAACUGAUUAUUCACCUGUUAAAUGACCUCUUCAAUCAUUCUUUCCUUUGCUCUACUGCUCUGUUUUGUGACAUUUGAACAAGUAAAUGUUAUUUAAGUUCA